UAUGAUAAUGAUAAUAUUUGUGCCCCCCCUCCCCAGGAUGCCAUGGACGGAGCCGACCUGGUGAACGGCGUCGCUGAGCGGAGCUCCAAGGAGCCGAGCCCCGGUGCCUCCCCGACCUCCGGCAGGAAGAGUAAAAGCAGCCAGUCGUCCACGCUGCCCUCCAAGACCCCGACCUCACAGCUGGAGGGGCUCCUGCACCGCAAACAUGAGUGGGAGGGGCCCAACAAGAAGGCCUCCAACAGGUCGUGGCACAACGUGUACUGUGUCAUCAACAACCAGGAAGUGGGUUUCUACAAAGACAGCAAGGCAGCGGCGCAGGGCGUCCCGUACCACAGCGAGGUUCCCAUCGGCCUGAAGGACGCCGCAUGUGACGUCGCGUCUGAGUACAAGAAGAAGAAACACGUCUUCAAACUCCGAGUCACCGACGGAAACGAGUAUCUGUUUCAAGCCAAAGAUGAAGUGAGUUUCAUUGUUUUAUUCAUAUAA